AUGACAAUCCCGUUCACCGUCAAGAAGAUCGCCAUCAUCGGCGCGGGGCCGACGGGUCUCGCAGCCGCUCGGUACCUCACGGCGCAGAGGGUCUUUGACUCCGUGGUCGUGUUUGAGCAGCAAGCCGAGGUGGGCGGUGUCUGGAACUACAGCCCGCACCCGACCACGUCUCGCCAUGUGCCGCAGACGGACCCCUUUUGCCCGCAGGACCCUCCGCUUCGGCCGAGCAAGCCCGAUGCGCCGCCCGUGUUCCCCACACCAAUGUACGGCACGCUGCACGCCAACACGGUCAAGACGACAAUGAACUACAAGGACACACCGUUCCCGGACGACGCCUGGGUCUUCCCCUCGCGGCAGUCCAUUUACAACUACCUGGUCGAGUACGCCAAGGACGUCCGCCACCUCAUCAAGUUCUCGCACCAGGUUACGGCGCUCGAGCUCCGCCAAGAGGACGGCCGAGACAGGUGGGACCUCGGGGCCGCGUGCACCGUCACCGGCCGCAAGUUCAGCGACACGUACGACGCCGUAGUCAUUGCCAACGGACACUACGACAUCCCCUUUAUCCCGGACGUCAAGGGCAUUCAGGCCUUUCACGAGGCGCACCCGUCAGCAAUCCUACACUCCAAGAACUACCGCGUGCCGGAGCCCUUUUCAGGCAAAAAGGUGAUUGUCAUCGGCAACGGGCCCUCGGGCUUGGAUAUAGCCCGCCAGCUCAGCCCGGUCUCGGACAGGGUGUAUCUGUCUGUACGACAUGCGACUCCGCCGGACAAGGUCGAGCACAUUGGGGUGACGGAGGUUCCAGAGAUUGUGGAGUAUUUACCAGAGAAGAGGGCCGUCGUCUACAAGAACGGGACAGUGGCGGAAGAUGUCGACGCCGUCAUCUACUGCACCGGCUUCUUCUUCAGCUUCCCAUUCUUGCCCGAGUUCCUCAAGCCAAAUCUGUUGACGACCGGCAAAGGCGUCAGGGGCCUGUACCAGCACCUGUUCCUCAUCAAGCACCCCACUUUAGCCUUUGCCGGGCUGCUGGUCAAGACGGUGCCCUGGCCCGUGGCGGAGAACCAGGCGGCGGCUCUGGGUGCGGUCUGGUCCAACGGGUUGAAGCUGCCGCCUGUGGAGGAGCAGGAGAAAUGGGAGCUAGACUUGUUCAAGAGGCGCGGCGACAAGAACAUUCACGUGCUGCUCGACGACGGAGACGACGGCCGCCACCUCAACAUGUUGCACGAUUGGGUGGCGGAGUCGACGCAGAGAGGCAAAGAACCGCCAUACUGGCACGACGAGCAGUUCUGGGAGCGCGGUAUCUACUGGCCAAGCAAGCAGGAGUUUGAGAAGCGAGGAGGGAGCGCGACGAGUCUUCGGGAGCUUGGCUUCGUGUACCCCGGCAUAGGGAAAUGGAGGCACGUUGCGCCGAAGCUUUGA